CGAGUUGCUGCGGAGUCGACUCUAACUCAGGGUUACCCCACGUGUGUCAGAGUAGAACUGUGCUCCACAGGGUUUUCUUUUUAUAAUUUAUUUUGUUGUUGGUUAUGACAUUGUGUUAUCUAGUAAGAAAAGCUAGUUGUAGACCGAAGUGUGUAAAAUGAUCCCAUUUGCAUAAAAAAUUAGAAACAACAAAAGGAAAAACUUUAAAUAUUCGCAUAUUGUUUUCAGCCUUACGAGUAGAAAGAAAAGGAUGAACUGCUGGGAAACCACGCCCAAAGCCACGCCCCUCUGGUUUCAGGCCCGCCCAAAGGGGCGGGUUUAGCCCUAACCAUGCCCACAGGGCAGUUACCUACCUCCAUCACCUUGGUUGUCAGGAAUCCACCCAGGGCACGCCCCUGAGCAAGGAUAUAACAAUCAUUGCUGUAUUUGAGCCCUUUGUUGCCCUUAAGGCCAGUGGAGCCUUAGCCACGCCCCUUUUCAUUCUAGCCACGCCCCGGAUGCGUAGGUUUGGUCCCAAUACCCAAUCGCAUCCUUGUAGGCGGGGACUAGAGGUUUCUCCGCCCGGAGACUGGAGGAAGCGGCCCGUCCGUCUUAGACAUUCCGCCAAUCGCAAACCCUGGAGAGUCCCACCUCUUCCGCUCCCGGCGGCCCCGGAACCGGAACCCCGGUCCCUCCUUCUGCGGAGGUGUGUGCAUCCCCGCCACCCGCCUCCUCUGAGGGCAGUUUGCACGGUUCUCCAAGGUGGGGUCGGCCCCGCGUCUCUUUGGCAGCUUGGCAGCCGGGGCUCGGGUAGGCAGGUCUCCAGAUAACCACGGUGCUAAGAGGCAUCGAGACCAAGGGGCCAUGGGAGAAUGGAAUGAAGAGGAAUGUGCUGGCAUUGUUGCUGCUCAGCCCAGCAAGCAAAUUCUGCUGAUAGUCUCAUAUGAUGGCAGCCACUGCUGGGGACUCUACAUGGGCUCUGCCUGGUCGGAACCUUAGCUGUCCCUAUGAGAGGAACGUGGAGGAAAAAGGGAUGGUUGCUGGGUUUCUGACAACUUGGUCACAGGAAUCAGUGGCCUUCGAGGAUGUGGCUGUGGACUUUACCCCAGAGGAGUGGGUGCUGCUGGAUACUUCUCAAAGGACUCUCUACCGAGAAGUGAUGCUAGAGACCUACAGGAACCUGGUGUCGCUUGACUGGAGGAAUCAACUUAAAACCAAGGAGUCGACUUCUAAGCAGGAUCUUUUUGGAAAAAAUAUAUUCAAAGGCAUGAAAAUGCAGGCGCUGACUCACAGGGGGACAAGGCCCUGUGAACACAGCCAGUUCGGAAAGGCCGUCAGGAGCCUGGGCCUCACGUGGCCCACAGGAAACCCACCGGGCGAGAAGCCCCACAGCUGCGAGGAGUGUGGGAAAGGCUUCCGUCACCUCUCCUCCCUGAGAAGGCACGCGCGCACCCACACUGGCGAGAGCCCCUUUGCGUGCCACCAGUGCGGAAGCGCCUUCUGUCACCAGUCGUCCCUCAAGACCCACGUGCGGACUCACACUGGCGAGAAGCCGUUCACCUGCGGCCAGUGCGGGCAGCGCUUCAGCACGCGCUCCUACCUGACGGUGCACGUGCGCAUCCACACCGGGGAGAAGCGCUACGCGUGCGCCGACUGCCCCAAGGCCUUCAGCAGGAGCUCCUACCUGCGUGUGCACCAGCGGACCCACACGGGCGAGAAGCGCUACCCGUGCGGGGACUGCGGCAGAGUCUUCGGCCACCCGUCCAACCUCCGGCGGCACGUGCGCACCCACACCGGCGAGAAGCGGUACAGGUGCGGCCGCUGCGGCAAAGCCUUCGUGCAGAGCUCCUCCCUGGUCGUGCACAGCCGGACGCACACCGGCGAGAAGCCCUACCCGUGUCUGAAGUGCGGGAAGGCCUUCAUCGACACCUCCUCCUUCCGGAAGCACGUGCGGACCCACGCCAGGGAGAAGCCGCACGGGUGCGUGCAGUGCGGCCAGGCCUUCAGCCACAGCGCGCCCCUGGCGGUGCACAAGCGGGUCCACGCCGACGGAGACCUCGGGAGCGGGGUGGCUGCGAAGCUGCCUUUAUCCUCCGCGUCCCUGCCGUAGCUCCCUGGGUGGUGCGAGCUUUAUGGGCUGGACUACUAACCCGAAGGUUGGCGGUUCAGACCCGCCCAGGGACGCCGUGGGAGAAAGGCCUGGCGAUUUGCUUCUAUGAAGAUUACAACCAAGAAGACCCUAUGGAGCAGCUCCACUCCGUAACACACGGGGUCGCCAUGAGUCAGAGUUGAUCAGGCAGCCUGUGUCUUCCUUAGGGUAGGCCGCGUGCCUGUUAAUUUUCAGGCUUUCGUUCAGAAUACAAGCCUUUAAGGACUAUUAAGUGGUCUUCAUGGAGUCCCUAGGUGGCGCAAAUGGUUCAGUGCUCAGCUGCUAACAAAGGUUGUUGGUUCAAACCCACCCAAAGGUGCCUCAGAGGAAAGGCCUGGCGAUCUGUCUCUGAAAAAUUUGGCAUUGGGAACUCUAUGGAGCACAGUUCUCUCCUGACACACAAGCGGUCACUGUGAGUCAGAAUCAACUUGGUGGUAACUGGUGUUUGGGUUUUCAGUGGUCCUCGUCACACAAGAGCUGACGUGCAGUGGGAAGUUUUGAUGCUUCGCAUUUUUAUUAGUUUCAUUUUAAACAUUACCCACUGUUUAUUGUGACUUUUUUGACUCAUAGGUUAUGUGAAAAAAAAAAACGGGAAAUUGAUUUCUCAGUUGAUAGCAUUGUGGUCAGAGUACAUGGUGUUUAUCAUGUGAAUCCUUUGGUAUUUCUUGAGAUAGUAUUUGCCUCAGUUGCAGGGGCUGCCUGUGGUCAAUCUAGUGGUCUCUCCCUCCUUCCUUACUAAUUAUUGUUGUUUGGUGCUGCUGAGUUAGUUCUGACUCGCAGCAACCCCAUAUAACAGAGCAGAGCUGCCCCAUGGGGUUUUCUAGGCUGUAGUCUUUAUGGAAGGAUCCCCGGUGCAGCAAUGAUUACUCACCUGCUAACGAGAAAGGUAAACAGUUCGAACCCACCAGCUGCUCCCUGGGAGAAAGAUGUGGUGGUCUGCUUUCAUAAAGAUUACGGCCUUGGAAACCCUACAGGGCAGUUCUGCUCGGCCCCAUAAGGUUGCUGUGUGGCAGAACUGACCCGAUGGCAAUGGGUUUGGUUUUGGUUCCGGUUUUAGGAUCCGGUAGGACUGCCCCGUGGGGUUUCCAAGGCUGUAAUCUGUACAGGAGCAGAUCGCCAGGUCUUUUCUCCUGUGGGGUGGCUAGUGGGUUCUAACUGCCCACUUUUUGGUUAGCAGCCGAGCACUUAACCAUUGUACCACCAUGACUCCUUGUAUUUGUCCUUACACUUUGGAAAUCAAAUGAGUAAUUUUUUUUUUAAUUUUUAUUGUGCUUUAAGUGAAAGUUCACAAAUCAAGUCAGUCUCUCAUACAAAAAGUUACAUACACCUUGCUAUAUAUUCCUAGUUGCUCUUCCCCUAAUGAGACAGCACACUCCUUCCCUCCACUCUCUACUUUCAUGUCCAUUCAGCCAGCUGCUGUCCCCCUCUGCCCUCUCUUCUCCCCUCCAGACAGGAGCUGCCCACAUAGUCUCAUGUGUCUACUUGAUCCAAGAAGCUCACUCUUCACCAGUAUCAUUUUCUAUCCCACAGUCCAGUCCAAUCCCUGUUUGAAGAGUUGGCUUUGGGAAUGUUUUCAAGUGAGUAAUUUCUUUUUAAUAGGAAGCUACUCUUCUACUUGCAAAUCCUCUAAACACUAAUUUUCAUGGAAACUCUACAGUGCAAUACCUUUUUGCAAACUAUAAAGCAUGAUGUUUUUCAAUUCCAUUUGUAAGUAAAACAAGUGAUAAUUAGAGCUUGUACUUCCAUUAUAUCUCAAACUGGAGGGUAGUUUUUGAAAUGAGCUGCAUAUUAAGCCUUUUAGAGUUUUGACCCAAUCUGUUUAGUGUUGUGUAACCCAUAGACCCAAACCUGUUCCUUCGAGUCAAUUCCAACUCAUAGUGACCUUAUAGGACAGAGUAGAACUGUCCCAUGGGGUUUCCAAGGAGCAGCUGGUAGAUUUGAACGGCUGACCUUUUGGUUAGCAGCCGUAGCUCUUAACCAUUGCGCCACCAGGGCUUCCUGAAACUGAGGCACUUGGCAUGACCAAACGACUAACUCAGGUUUGAAUCAAACUCCAUUUUUGUUUUAAAUUUUAGCUUGACCUAAAGUCCUUGUUUCUGCUUUCCUAAAAAUAUAACCUGUGGUUUGGCGUCUGGUGACAUGUAACUUCUAAAACUUUAACCACGGUUAGCAAACAAUGAAGGGAUCAAGAACGCGGUUUGUGAAGAAACGUUCUCAGGAAGUGUUUCUAAAGAUGGUCCCCGGGGGGAAUGCCUGCGUACCUUGCUCCAGGAAGAAUGCAUGUGUAGAUGUUUUAGAAAAUCGCUUCCUAGAUUGGCUCCAGGAAGUCUGUUAGAAAAUAGACCAGCUUAACCUUGUAAAUUUUAACUUGCUGUCGUCUUGUAACUAUAUGUAAUCCCAGUUUCCUGCGAUUAUAGACACAUACUCCCCUCCCCACUUUUCUGUAAACAAAGCACACCUCUCCCUCAGAAUGUUGAAACACUGUGUGUCACCUCCCAUCACAUUGUGUUGCCCAGUUGGAACUACUAUUCCUCAAUAAAACUUUUGCUCUCACUCCUAACAAAGUAUGAGAUUUUCUAUUUCAGCAGUGUAUUUAGAGUUUUCAGGUCCAUCCCAAAUUUCAAUAAGCUUUUAGUGUGUGUGUGUGUGUGUGUGAGUGUGUGUGAGUGUGUGUGUACUUAAAUAAGAAUCAAAAUGGGAAUUCAAGUACCUUUAGGUACUAUAUAAAUAUAAUUUACAUUUCAAAAUUCUUUAGGGUGUUGGGGAAAAAGUUAGUAAUAAUGAAAUCUACUCCCAACCCAGAAAACCUCUCCACAACAGUAGAAGGCAGAAAAGGCUUAUUAUUGAAGAAGCGUUCAACCAGAAGCUGACGCAUCACAGGCAUCCCCUACAGGGACUGCAAAGACGGGAAUCUGAUCUUAUAUAGUUGAGUGGAUACAACUGUGGAAGAAUGUCUAAGGACAGAAACAAAGUAACACUAGAGAUUAGUCAAUCCUACCGUCCUCCAGUUGGGCAACGCAGCAUAAACUGAGUGUUCCAAAGGAAUGGGGCAGCAUUAGGGUUUUUUUAGUCGGAGGAACAAAGGAAGUCGAGGAAGUCCAGGUGGUUUUGAUCAGUCUUUCAGAUAUUCAUCAGAAUGUCCCUUGAAGGCCUCCUUUAGAAAUGUCAGUUUUGCUAACAAGGCAUGACACAGGUCUCUAGAGGGUCAGUGCCUGCUGACUGAGGUUUCAGAAUGGCCAGGUGUUUGUCUGGAGUGUAGGGACUAAAGGACUCAAGAUGUGGGCUACACAUAAAUGUAAAGAAUACAAGCUAGUUAUUACCACUAAGGCUGGGUUAAUUAUUAAACUUUUGCCCUGUGAAACCAGCCAUCGGCCACAUUCUCUGGACUGGGCACGAGGGUACCCAUCCUGUUUCAGUUUCCACAAAACCCUGUACAUUCCUCUGUUUUGAGAUAAAAUUGCUCCUUUUCUAGUAUCUCUAAGGCAG